CUCGAUUCCAUAAUUUCUCAUCUAAACCGAGAAGAUAAAGGAGUAAGAGAAAAAUAUCUGCAGGUUUUCUCUAUCCUCAAGCUCGAAAAAUCCGAUCUUGAAGCUGUUGAAAGGAGGUAAAGUCAUGAUGGAAGCAGAUUCUUCUAAUCUCCCUCGAGAAGUCACGCCAGAGCAGGUUCCGGCGCCGGCGACGGAGCGAGAUGAACACCAGACUAGAAAAAGGAGUCGUGGCUCUGAUUCGAUGCUAACCGAGGGUGCUUCUUCGGGGUUACAUCAACUCUUAGAUCAGCUUCAGGUAAUAUCUUCACCUGUUCUUCAGUUUACAGACAAGUGGAGAGAGAUCCACGAGGAGUAUGCUACUUUGCAAAGUUUGCUUAAGAAACAAGCCGUGAGAUUAGAUCUGAAGGAGAAGUCUUUGAUGGAAAGAGUUGUGGAGUUGGAGAAGAAAGAAGAUACGUUAAAGGAUGUUGAAGAGAGGGAGAGGAAGAUUGGUUUGCUUGAAAAGUCAUUAGAGGAGAAAGCAAAAGAGAAUGAUGUGAAGCAGUAUCUGGUAUCGUCACUUCUCAGGAGAUUGGAGUGUGAGACAGCGAGUGAAGCAGCGAACGUGCUUGAAGAGAAGGAGAAAGAGGUUGAGCGGCUUUCAAAGUGGAAUGAUGAGAGGUCACGUGAGCUAGAGAAGGCUGUGGAAGAGUUUGAAGCUAGGGAGAAGAAGCUUAGAUUACUUGAUGAAGCUAUUAAAGAGAAGGUGAGUGAACUGGAGAAGAAACAUGAGACGUUUGAUGCUGAACAAAUACUAAAAGCUGAGGAGAUGGAACUGAAGAGAAGAGAAAUGUUGGCUGAAGUGGACAAGAAAGAGAAGAGCUUUGAAAUGGAACUGAAAGCUAAAGCUGAGGAGAUGGAGGUUAAGGAGAAGCAACUUGAAGAAAGAGAGAAAGAGCUUGACUUGAAGCAGAGAGAGUUGGAGAAAGUCAUGGAGAAGCUUAAAGAGAGGGAGUUACAAGAGCGAGCUGGGACUUGUAAGAGAUCUAGCUUGUUGGCAGAGAAGGGAACUGAAGCUGGUUCAACUUCUGCAUCAUCUCCACAACAAAGAGACAAAGCGUGUGAAGAAGAGACUGAGAGAAUAAAGAUUGUUGAUUCAGAGUUUCAUGACUUCAAGAACACAAUGAGCUCUUUCUCGGUUGACAAAAUAUGGGCGCUUUACGAUCCUCAAGACGAAAUGCCUCGGUUAUACGCUAAGAUCAAGAGAAUCAACAAGUCACGGCUGAGUCUCGACGUGACAUGGCUUGACCCUAAAGAGGAUGAAUCAGUUCCCGUUGCUUGUGGGAGGUUCACACGCGGGAGAGGAGGAACAGUGAGCUACUUGGCGUUUUCUCACGAGCUUAAACCGAUCAUACACGGCAGGAACAUCUCUGUGAACCCCCAAAAAGGUGAAACAUGGGCUCUUUUCAAAAACCUGGGACAGCAGCACAAGCCUCCUUAUAGAUACGACUUGGUAGAAGUUGUGGUCGGCUCCAAGGAUCAUCAAGGCGUUGGAGUGGCCUACCUAGGGAAGGUUGAAGGGUUUGUAUCGGUAUUCAAACACGCUGCACAGGGUAGAGUCGUUAAGCUCGUGAUCAGACCAGAUGAAAUGCAGAGAUUCUCUCACAGAGUUCCCUCGGUUAGACUGAGUGGAGAUGAGAAAGAGGGAGUUCCUGCUGGUUCUUUUGAGCUUGACCCUGCUGCUGUUCCAAGCUACAUACUCCUUGGUGGAGAAGGAGCCUGAUGUGGUUCAAGUUAAUUCUGCAGAAGAUGUCCCUCUUAUUGUCUUUUAGAUUGAGGUUUGUGUUUUAGUGACUCUGAUGUUAGUUCUUGUAAUAAGUAGAAGUAUCUAUGAUUGUCAGAAGAUGGAUUUUCUUAGUGGCAAACAAACAACAAUAUGAAAAUAGUAUGGUUCUGGUUACACAAA